ACUUGUUGUUGCGGUUGUUUUUGAAGAGCCGUGAAACAUAAUAACAAAUUCAUGGACAUCGGAUCUUAUUGGCACAUUUAUUAGGAAGAAACAUUUAUUAGGAAGAAAUAAUGCUUAAAUGGUUAAGCAGCCCACAUAUUUAUCGUAGAGUAAGACUGAAAAAGGAUAGGCUUCUUAUUCUAAGAGAUGUAUCUAACAAAUCAGGUGCGAUGCGACCUUUCAUCGCAUCAAAUGCCCAGGCAAUAAAAGGCAAAGAACUCUGGUUUUGGAGAGUGCAAACGUUUUCUCCUCUCUUCUCGUCUUUAAAAAAGUUCAACUUUUUUGGUGAACACCAGCCUGUACAAAUUUUUGCACACAACAGCACAACAAGCCAACUGGGUGCAUUCAACUAUGAAGAAAUUGCAAAUAAUACUUUAGAAUUACUUGCAGAGGUUUUUGAAUCAGUGGCAGAUGAGGGCUCUUGUCCUGAUGAUUAUGAUGUCCAAUUAUCGAAUGGAGUUCUGACAGUAAACAUCGGAGGGGACUGGGGCACGUACGUCAUCAACAAGCAAUCACCGAAUCGCCAAAUUUGGUUAUCUUCUCCAAAAAGCGGGCCUAAACGAUACGAUUUCAUUGAUGGUCACUGGAUAUACUCACACACUGGUGAAGAUAUGAGCGAGCUUCUAACAAGAGAAAUAUCCGAUGCCUUUAGUCGGCGUAUAGAUUUUACUGCAAUCGAUUAUGCUUCUAAUGAAUAAAAAAGAAAUGGAAUGUUGUUAUAGUUGUAGUAUUUUGGAAUAGAGAUAACAGUAAGGUUGCCUACGGUGAAGUGCUUAGCGUGCGAAAUGGUGAAAAAAUAAUCAAGGGAGGUACAAAGGGAGGUGAGGGAGGACUAUUGGAAGUUUAUGCUUAUUCUCUUCAAUCCCUGUAAGCUCUAAUUGUCAAGUUAUCUUGCUUGCACAGACCCGGUCGGACACUUUUCUUCGAAACUUUAUCCGGUUUUUUGCAAUGCACGCCUUUGUGAGCGUUUUGUUAAAAUUUUAAAAAUGGCUUUGAAGAAACGUUCGUUUUCACCUUAGGACUCCAACGGUAACAUUUUCAAUAGGCAAGCGGCACUGAUUGGUCAACCUAUACAGUCAUGUGCUCGUGUUUCUGAUUGGCCUAUUUCCAUCCACAACUGGGUAUAUAUAUUUCCUAGCGUAGAGUUUUCUAUCUAUGUUUUGACGUUUUAAAUUCUGAAGAGUGUCAGACGAAAAGCUUUAGUUUACUCAAAUGUUUGCUUUUUUAUGCCAUUUUUUAAAUUUUGUGCCACAAAAAGAGUGUUUAAAAUAUUUUUGAGAAAUUUUUGCAUGGGGGCCUAUGUUAUAUACAGUUGACACCCGUCUCCAAAACCCGUUAUCUCGACCAUUUGUCUCUCUUCUCUCCCCCUUUCCUUUUUAGUAUAGGUAUAAAACCGUUCGCUAUAACGAUCGCCCGCUAUUUCGUAUAAACAACGUACAUUCAUAGAAAGUAGAAAAACCUAUUGAUCAAAUCAAAGCAAAUUAACAUGUAUUGUCAAUUUUUUAGCUCAAUCUUAUAAUGAUUUAGGUAGAUUAUUCAAUUUUUGUUAAGAGCUUUGAAAAUAGCUGGCCUGAAAAGUGAAAUUUUUGUAGUAUUUGUUAUAUUAUUUUUUUUUUGUAAUUACUUUCUCUAUUUGUAUAUCUUGUUCAGAAUAACAUUGAAUAGAACGGGGUUGGUAUUUUCAACGUGAGCGUUUAUUAAACUGUAUGCGGUGGUCAUUGAGAAUGUUCCCCAACGAGAAUAAUGUAUCUGUAAGGCCGGAUCAUUUGUUGUUGUUGUUCCUUUUAUUUUUGCGGUAUAUCUUGUAUGGAAGUUCACAUUGGUUGUGCCUGUUCUAUUAUUUGCAGAUCUAAAUAGGGUGAUAAAAUAAAACGAUACAAGACUCUGAUUCGUUAGACCAAAGUCAAUUUAGGCCGUGCUUUUUUCAAUGGCUCAUUUCGAUCCGAAGCAGGACGUGAAAAAUGUAGCUUUAUGACCGCGACCCGUUUACACUAGACACAAACAAAUUAAUCCGGAUAAAUUUGUCCACGCAUUUACAGUAGACCUGGUCUAUGCGAAAAGAUUUUAUUCACUUUUGAGGUAAGAUCUGGACGAAAUUUGUUCGUGCAAAAAUUGAAUUUUUCAAGUUCUGGAACAAUUUCUUUUAGUGUAAACGGUUAUUUUCUGUUUUAUCCCAUCAGUUUCUAUCCACGUUUAGUCUAGGCAUGACUAUGGUCUAGGCGGCUCCCAGCAGACGGAGAAAGGCGAGGCGUGGCAUGGUCGUUUUGCUUUUGUUGCACUAUCGUUUGCGCAAGCUCCAAGAUACGGUCUUGUGUAAACGCAGUCAAAAAGUUUAUGACAUUUUUCGACCCAGUGAAAAAAGGUCGCGUACAAAACAAAGUUCUUCGACCGGAUAAUUUCGAAAGUUUUUAUCCCGAUAACAUUCUGUACGGCACAGACUGAACGUGGUGUAAAUUAUGGGAACUUUAUUUUUUAUGAUGAUUUUGACGAUGGUUAUGAUGAUUAUGUUGACGAUGCGUAGCGCGCGUGCAUUCUUAAUUCACGAGUGCGAUUUUAAUUCGCGGUGCAUGUACUAUACGUCUUACUGCUGAACUGUGGAUCAAAAUUACUCCCAUUAUAGCAACAAAAAUAGCAACUAUUUUUCGCCAUCAUACAUGGUAACUGUGAGGUAAUUCUUGACGCAAGAACGAUUUCACGAUCCUUUUCUUUCAGAUCACUUCAAGGCCUGCUUGUGCUCUUUGAAAUCUAUUGGGAACUGUGCUUUUGUCUGUUCAUUAUCACAAAUUUUGCUAUGUUUGUUGCUCAUGGCAACUGUGACCACUGAGGCUGAGUCCAUCGGGCGAGGCUGGCCUCUCUUGUUGUUGUUGCCGCUAGGGGGAGGCCACCGGAGAAAUCUGCGUGAAUCUGACUCAGGGCUAUCGUUUAGAUUGUAUUUUGUUUACAAAUUUGUAGCCAGUAAAGAAAUUGCCAAUUGCGUCAUUUCUUGUAAUCGUUAUCCGAUCGCUGUGAUUCAUUAACUGGCUGACGUCCGGAGCGGUAGUGAACACACGACAAAACGCAAAACCUGGGGGUGCGCCGCGAACAACAUAUGAAUUUAAUUUCCAAUAAAUGUUUGAGGAUCUUUAAAUGCCUUACUAAAAUAAAGUAAACAGUUUCCAGCGUUAAAUGAUCGUUCCUCGCUGUUGUUCUUACGCAAAGAACUGUGGCAUUUUGAACUGUGUAAGCAGAGGUCAUAGGCCCCACAACUUCCAGUAAGAUGAAUAGUAAGUUAUUGAUAAUCACAAUUUUUCUCCUCUACCCUACCAAUGCCACCCUGCCAAUGCCACCCUGCCAAUGCCACCCUGCCAAUGCCACCCUGC